CAGAAAAUCUAGAACAUCAAACUGUUUCCAAAACUGUUAUUUCUGAACAAUUAGUUGUUAAGAAGAAUGACAGAAAAAUUGGUAAUAUAUAUAAAAGAGAUCCAUUGGACAUUUUGCCAACUCGAACUGAGAAUCAUAUAAAUUAUAGAAUUGGCCAAAGAGCAAGUACAAAAUCUAGAACAUCGACCUUUUCUAAACAAUCAGUAUUAGUUGAAAAUUAUAUGGUUAAAAAUGUAGACGAUGAAGAAAAUUAUAUAAUUUUUAAAGAAGUAAAAUAUACUAUUAAGAAAUUUUGCGAAUAUCCACGUGAAGUAAACAACAGAUUUAGAAUAAAAGUGAAAGAUAUGUUAAACAUAGUUCAAAAAUUACAAAAAGAUAUAGAAGAAUUGGAAAAUUUUUAUUGGUAUAUAGAUUUUGGAAGGCUUAUAAAUCAUGGUGAU